UAAAGCUUUCUCAAUUCCGAAUAUAUGUUUAUGUCCUCUUUGCCCCACAAGAAGAAGGGAUAAAUUUAAAGUAGAGAUUGAAUUUUAUCGAGAUGAAGACAAUGAUGGAAGCUUGGAUUCCAGCGUUAGUUGAAGGCAUACAUUCCACCCCCACUCAGGCCGUCCUUUAUCUCUCCGGCGGUGCCUCUCAGGCGCUGGGCUGGUUGAUGGCAGUGCCCGGUGCUACAAAUACAGUGCUUGAAGCUCUGGUACCCUACUCCAGAAUGUCCAUGAUUCAAUUACUUGGCAAGGUUCCUACUAAUUAUUGUAGCCAACAAACAGCAGAGGAAAUGGCCUUAUUGGCUUACAAUCGCGCUCUUAAGCUCUCUAGUCCUGGUUAUCCAGUUCUUGGUGUGGGUUUCACUGGUUCUCUAGCUAGCACGCGGGCCAAACUUGGUGAUCACAGAUUUCACUUGUCAACAAGAACAUCUGACCGACUUUGGGUAUCUAAAGUUACUUUGUCAAAGGGUCUGCGAACUCGAGAGCAAGAAGAUACCAUUUCAAGUCAUCUCUUACUCGAGGCCAUUGCAAAUGCUUGCAAAGUCCAGGCAACAUUUGUUUCUAAUUUGACUGAAUCUGAUGUGUCUGAUGAAUUUGAAAAAAAAUUUACUGAAGAUCAAGAAUUGGAACAACUUCUAAAUGGGCAAAUAUGCUUUAAGGUUUAUCCGUUUUCCAGUGUGAUGCAUACGUCAAAUGAAGAGAGAAAGAUAAUACUUCCUGGUUCUUUUAAUCCAUUGCAUGAAGGUCACCUCAAGCUCUUGGAAGUUGCUACAAGCAUUUGUGGCAAUGGGUACCCAUGCUUUGAGAUCUCAGCAGUCAAUGCUGACAAACCUCCACUUUCCAUAUCGCAAAUCAAAGAUCGUGUCAGGCAAUUUGAAAAAGUUGGGAAGACAGUAAUUAUUUCCAAUCAGCCCUUUUUUUACAAGAAAGCUGAGCUUUUCCCUGGCAGUGCUUUUGUAAUUGGUGCAGACACUGCAGCAAGGCUGAUAAAUCCCAAGUACUAUGAUGGGGACUGUGGGAAGAUGCUAGAGAUACUCAUGGGUUGCAAGAAUACAGGAUGCACAUUCCUUGUUGGUGGUCGUAAUGUAGAUGGUGUGUUUAAGGUUCUUGAAGACUUUGACAUUCCGGAGGUGUUAAAAGACAUGUUUGUCUCAAUACCAGCUGAACAGUUCCGCAUGGAUAUUUCGUCUACCGAGAUAAGAAAGAGGAGUGGGAUGUGAGUCUGACAUGCUGCAACAUUUACCCAUUAUAUGAUUCUUGUAACGCUGAUGAAGAUGAUAAAUAUGCAUCUGGGGAAAAAUCAGAUAAUAUUAUACUACACAAGUCUUCUGCAUGUUAAAAUAAUCUUCUGCAUAUACAGAUUUAUCAGAGUCAAACCAAAACCUUGGUAUCUCUACAAAGAAAGUAACACCGGUAAAUCCAUUAUCCUGUUCCUGCCUCAUAUUUGCCCAUUUUGACAUGGACAAUUGUGGUGGUAGGAAUUUAGUUUGUAUCCUGAAAGACAUUAGAGUGAAUUAUCAAUAGAGAAUUUUGUUUUUUUCGUCA